GCAGAAGGGUUACUGUACGGCAUCGCCAAUAGUCUCUUCGCUUCCACGACGACCACCGUUCACAAUUCAAUCGAAUGGGUAUGCCUCAGAGUCGGCGCUAUCAUUCCCCAAAAACCGUCAAACUAACAAAAGGGAGCUCAGAGAUCCGAAUCUCUUCUCAAUUAGAUGAAAGCUUACGGCUUUAGCGAAACCCAUAUAAAAAAAUUGAUCAAAACGAACGCCAGUGUCCUCCAAUGCAGAGCAGAGACCAACUUCAAGCCCAAACUCGAGUGGUUCAUUGAAAAUGGAUUCACGGGUACGAUUCUCCUGAUCUUAUUUCCUUGAAUCCUUAUAUUAUUACUUGGAGCCUGGACUUUAAAUUAAAGCCAAUAUUCCUACUCUUAAAGCAAUUUCUUGAUACCAAUGAAAAAAUUGUUACUGCUAGCUGUGUUGCAAAGCCUUUAUAGAAUUGCUUAUGCCGUGAAAACUGUCAAAGACACUGGUCUUAAACCGGAUGCUUUUAGCUUUAUACAUUUGCUUCGAGUGGUGAUUCAAUUGACUGAGUCGAAGUUGAAGAAGAAACUGGAAGUGUUUAAGAGCUUGGGAUGGAGUGAUGAGCAGCUCUUGAAUACUAUUAAGAAUUAUCCUAUUUGCUUGUCUUAUUCAGAGGUGAAUCUGAGGACUAAAAUGGAAUUUUAUUUGAAUACCAUGAAGUUCGAAAGAGAGGCUGUAAUUGCCACGCCCGUGUUAAUGAUGUUAUCUCUUGAUAACAGGAUUCGUCCAAGAUAUGAAGUUAUGAAUAUUUUGGGUUCAAAGAAGUUGGUUAAAGAUGGCCUGAAGAUGAUAUGGGUGAUGGAAAUAAGUGAAGAGCGAUUCUUGAAGAUUUAUGUUACAAAGCAUGUUGACAAAGUACCAGGUUUGUUGGAUAUGUAUUGCAGCAUCAUCAACCAAAGAAAGAAAACAGACAGGGCAAAACAGCUGGCUAGUUGAUUACAGAAGGGUCUUCCCCUGUUUUAAUUGACUGCUGCUACUGUUGAUGGUUGCAUCAAAGUAGAACUUAAACUAGGCUUUAAUUUUAUUUCUAUCCCAUGUAAAGUUGCUCAUGAUGCAACUUCCAAAAGGUUGGUGAACUGUUGACUUCAAGAAACCAGGGAUGGCUGCAGAAAAAGUUAUCAAGGAGUGUGAGGCAGAACUUCUCCAUGCUGCUCACAACCUCCAUUUUCUCUUUGGUUCAUUACACUUUUGCCAGACCGCUUUCAAAGUGAAGAAAUGUCUUCAGCCUUGGCUAAGGUGGGUGGAGAGAACUGACCGACUUUAACCCAAGGUCUGUUCUUGGAAGAUUCCAAUUUGUUAAAACCAUACGUUUUUGAAUUUUGAUGUGUAGUUUACCCUAUUGAGGUUUCUUCUUUUGACAUCUUGAACAUUGUUUUCACAUUGAAGUUAUAGAGCUAAAUUGUCAAUUGAUUUGCAUUGUCUUUUACUUUAUGUUGAGUUAUCUAUUCCAUCUUUAGAAACAAUGACAUUAUGUCAUGAGAUAAACUGCGUCUUGAUUAUUGACCAAGCAAUAAUCAAGACAGGUUCCACCAAGAAAAGUUUCAGGAGCUUGAAAGUGCAAUUCAGAACAACACU